CCCGCGCUCGUUGUGGGCUGCUGCUGCCUGUUUUUACGUCCGUCGACCCACCAUGCAGCGUGAUCUUCAGAAGAAGAAGCAGGAGAAGAAGGCGGAAAAGCGGCUCUUUGACGCCGGGUCCUUCGGGAAGGACCUGCUGGCAGGCGGGGUGGCGGCGGCUGUGUCCAAGACGACGGUGGCGCCCAUCGAGCGGGUGAAGCUGCUGCUGCAGGUGCAGGCGUCGUCCAAGCAGAUCAGCCCCGAGGCGCAGUACAAAGGCAUGAUCGACUGCCUGGUGCGGAUUCCUCGUGAGCAAGGUUUCCUCAGUUAUUGGCGUGGCAACUUGGCAAAUGUCAUCCGGUAUUUUCCAACACAAGCUCUAAACUUUGCUUUUAAAGACAAAUACAAACAACUUUUCAUGUCCGGAGUUAAUAAAGAAAAACAGUUCUGGAGGUGGUUUUUGGCAAACCUGGCUUCUGGUGGAGCUGCUGGGGCAACAUCCUUAUGUGUAGUAUAUCCGCUAGAUUUUGCUCGAACCCGAUUAGGUGUUGAUAUUGGAAAAGGUCCUGAAGAGCGACAAUUCAAGGGUUUAGGUGACUGUAUUAUGAAAAUAGCAAAAUCAGAUGGAAUUGUUGGUCUAUACCAAGGGUUUGGUGUUUCAGUUCAGGGCAUCAUUGUGUACAGAGCCUCUUAUUUUGGAGCUUAUGACACAGUUAAGGGCUUAUUACCAAAACCAAAGGAAACUCCAUUUCUUGUCUCCUUUUUCAUUGCUCAAGUUGUGACUACAUGCUCCGGAAUACUCUCUUAUCCCUUUGAUACAGUUAGAAGACGUAUGAUGAUGCAGAGUGGUGAGGCUGAACGGCAAUAUAAAGGAACUUUAGACUGCUUUGUGAAGAUAUACCAACAUGAAGGAGUCAGUGCAUUUUUUCGUGGUGCCUUCUCCAAUAUCCUUCGUGGUACAGGGGGUGCUUUGGUGUUGGUAUUAUAUGAUAAAAUUAAAGAAUUCCUUAAUAUUGAUAUUAGAGGUAGUUCAUCAGGAGAUUAAAUUGAGAAAUGCACAUAGUUAACUUAUUAAACAUACAAAUAACAUAGCUGCCAUUUGUGUAUAUUUUGAUAGUGUGUUAUAUUACUGUCAGUAUUUUCUUAAAGUACUAAUUCUGCAAUAAAGCAUAGGCUUUUUUUUUCAAGGAUUUAAAUACUAGAAAUUAGAAAAAUGUGGUUUCCUUCCUACUUAGAGUCAAAUUCACUUUAAUGAGAAAUCUUACUUAUUAUAAGUGGUAUAUGUUAUUUAUAUUCAUUUAAAAUCUUUUCUUAACUUUUGUGAUAAAAACUAAAAUGUAUAAUGCAAAAAUCGAAUAAAUUAAAGUAUCUCCUUUUAAAAUGAUACUCUUUUAAAUAUAAUCUCUCCCCAUCUUUUAAAAUCAUAUGAUAUGACAAAUAUUUCUUAAAAUUAAGCUUAUUGGAGAUAUCAUGAUAGCUAUGGGCAUAAGUAAGCUUUCUUCUGUAACAUCUAUACUAAGGCAGCUCAGUUAUUACUGUGUAUAGUGUUUAUGGUAUCACAUAGCUUUUAAUAAGCACAGAUCCUAGAUCUGUUCAUAAAAAAAUUGAUAAUGACUUUAAUGACACUGUAAACCUGUAACUGGAAAGGAAAAGAUAUGAAAAUGGCAUAUCUGCCAACUUUUAUCUUUAAAAUAAAUAAAAUCUUGCAAAUAAAAUCUUGGAACAAAAAAUAUCCCCUUGAAAAUUAGUUUGUGUACUUUGUAUUAAUGAUAAUAAAGGAAGUUUAAAACU